UUACACUGUAACCGAUUUGGCCCUAGCAUGUGUAUGUAUAAUGCAAUAACUGGUAGCUGCAUCUUUUCUGUCUUCUCGUAUUCAAUAUAAAGGGCUAACGUUGGGCUUUGUAGCCAGCUAGCUACUUUUAUCUCAUCGAUUCCAAUGUCAGUGUGAUUGAAAUAGAGCGCUAAUAUGCUUUCAUUUUGUGCACUAACGCAUGUCAUGUGUCAGUUGUUAUGCACACAUCGCGAGUGUCAUGACACGACGAGAUUAUUUUGUUGAGAUGGCAUAUUUUCGCUCAAUCUUGCGGAGGAAUACAUUUUACACUAACAGCGUCGUGCUGCGGUCCGUUUACUCGUGGCAGUCAGUGAUGACGACUACAUGUAAUGUAAUGACACUAGCAUCCCGGAGCGCCACCUAGUGUUGCUACCGAGCUUUUCAAGUAAUUAUUUUCUAGGUUGGGUUUGAUUAAUGGUUUAUAGUUCUGCUUGAUCUGCCUCUAAAUAAUUCCCAUUUGAACUUGUCAAACACAUAGGAAAGGGGAGGGAUUAUAAUGAAUUCAAUAUCAGUAUUUGCAUUAUUAUAAACGGUUGUAACAUUUAUGUAGAAGUUAAUGAUGAAUGAAAAACACCUUAGUCUAGCUUUAGUACUUUUUCUGAAUCGUACUAAACAAACAGAACUGUUAAUUUAAAACCUUGAGUGUAUGAGUCAAAGCUUUGCCAGUGUUUAUUCAAGCCCACACCCAACAAGUCUUUCUUGUAUUUUUGAUGUUCCAGCCCAUUGGCUUAUCAACUGGGUGAACAAACAUCAUUCCUAACAGCGCCCAUCCACUAGUACACACAGCAGAAAUAGAAAAACCCACUGUGUAAAACCUAAGAGGUCAAAGGGUUAAUUCAUUCUCUUUACUGUGUAACUGAAUUUAAACUUUACUCAACCAAAGAAUGAACAUGGAUUUUAGUCAUAGUUGUGGUUACUGCAAAUAUACCAGCUUGUCAAUAACUACUCCUGCUUAAUAAAACAAAUCUAGGCUAAUUAUUCACACUAGAGCUGCUAUUAUCAACCAGCAGGAUGUUAUUAAGAAAUAGCAGUAAAAAUGUGCAAAAUUGCGUAUGUAUUAUAUUUUCUUUUCCACCAGUUGGCAUGUUUUUUUCUUGGUAGCAAAUUAAAAAUAAUCUUUCUGACAAGUGACAGAUUUGCUAUAUUGGAUUACAUUAGGUUGCACAAGUGUACCUAUUGAACCACUUCUAAAAAUACUGAGGCAGCGCAUGUUCGCUUUUUCCCCUGCAGCGUCUGUUUUCCUCCCACACUUGAACGCUGCACCGUUCCUUUAGCGUGAACUCCCCGACGACUCCGCAUCUCCCACAAUGCAGUUCGGCCUGGCUUCGGCGCCUGUGCGUUAGCGAUCAGCUGAGCUCGGGCAUCGCUGCAGUGAGCGCACGGCUGCCAGCGCCUCGGGUUCGGAGCAGCUCGGGGAUGUUCGGCGUCCCUCUCGUCGCGUUUGGACGUUAUUUCAAAGCCCCGUUCGCCUGGAAAUAUAUAUAUAUUUUUAAGACGGCUGCAAGAAUGUGACUGUUAAAUUGCGGAAUACACCUGGACCGGGAGCCUUCCGGGUUUAGGAGGAGAUUUUCUUAAACCGAGACUGGGCAAUAAUAUGUCCAGGCGAAAACAGACCAAUCCCUUCAAAGUUAACUGGCCAUUCCACACUUCCGGCAUCGCAGGACUCCAGCACACGAUUAACAUGGACGGCAGGGACGAGUUCACCGAAGACAGCGAAUGCUGCAGCAACAACUCCCAGGAAGUCCACGGGCAGGACAGCAUCUCAGAAGACAGCGAUAGUGACCCCGACAACCACGGCGAAGACUCGUCCUCCAACACCUCCGACGACCACAUGAGCGCCAAGAGAAGCCAGUGCCGCUUACAGGGGCCGGGGGUCAAAGAGGAGAGCGAGGAAGGAGCCGACCACGGCAGCUUCGUGUGUCCCCUGUGCACGCUGGACUUCAGCAGCCCCGAGAGGCUCAUCUCCCACGUCUACCAGCACACAACUAUGAUGAGCAACACCAAGAGCUACGUGUGCCCAGUGUGUGGGCGGGCCCUGAGCUCGCCCGGCUCGCUCGGGCGCCAUCUCCUCAUCCACUCGGAGGACCGCCUCUCCAACUGCGCCGUGUGCGGCACACGCUUCACCGACACCAACAACGUUAACAGGGAGAAGCUCAAAGACGUUCUCGACACCACUAGGAUGGAGGUCCCAGGCGGGAGGGACCCCUGCUCCCUGUCCCAGUCCUUUCCCAACAGCCCCAUGUCCAGCCCGGGCCACGGCACCCGCUCCUGCCACGGACCGGGUCCCAGCCCCAGUUCCUGUCAGGGCCCUCGCUCAUGUCACACGCCUGACCCUGAACUAUGUCAAGCUCACCGAACCUGCCAAGGUCCGGGCCACAUCUCCAGCCAGUGUCAAGGCCCCAGACCAUGCCACGCGCCCGGCCCGUGUGCAGGCUCCGACCAAGGACCCGCCUUUCCCUCCCUUUCUGACAGUCUCCUUUCUGAAGGACCAACACUCACAUCCAUCCCUGACGCUCUCAACUCCUCCUCCUCAGGCCUUCCCCCCAUCCCCGACAUCCUGAGCCCCAUGCCGGUGUAUCCCGCCGGCGUGCUGCUGGUGUGCAACAGCUGCGUGGCCUACCAGCAGCUGGUGGAGUCCCAGUCGCCCAUGCAGAAGUGGGCCCUGCGCCGCAAGAACGAGCCGCUGGAGUCCCGCAUGAAGCGCCUGGAGCGCGAGCGCACGGCCAAGAAGAACAAGCGGGCGUGCGAGACGGAGGAGGAGAAGGAGCUGCGGCGGCUGCGCGACCGCGAGGCCAAGCGCAUGCAGCGCAUGCAGGAGACGGAGGAGCAGAGGGCCCGGCGGCUGCAGCGCGACCGCGAGGCCAUGCGCCUGAAGAGGGCCAACGAGACGCCCGAGAAGCGGCAGGCGCGGCUGGUGCGCGAGCGCGAGGCCAAGCGGGUCAAGCGGCGGCUGGAGAAGAUCGACCCGGCGCUGAGGACGCAGAUCGAGCACGACCCCGCCGCCAUGGCCGCGCUCACGGCGGACAUGAGCCUCUUCCAGUUCCCGUGCCCCAUGCCGGUGCCCUCCAUCGACAACGGGCUCUUCAUGAAGCUGCCCUGACCGCCCGCUGCCCUGUCCAUCGCAGCAGGAACCACUCCACGUACCGAGUUAUUGCAGUGGCGAAGCCCUUGGAGCCAGGGUCGAGAAUGUUUCAUAUAGUAUGGAUGGUGACAUUAAUGCAUGUUGUAAAGAGAUUUAUCCGUUUGUCGGUGGACCGCGCUGACGUGACACUUCAUUCUAGUUGAAGCAGUUCUAUUUCCUUUUGAGGGGGAAUAAACCUUUUUUUGCACAUGGACUCCAGCGACAGGAGCGGGGGGGAGGGAGGGGUGGGACUCUGUAGCCACAGCCUCCUCCCGGUCCGCUCCGCCCUCCCAGCGACUCGGGUUCACCGGUAGCUGCACCUCGGUCUUCAGGCUGCCCCCCCGCGGGUCCCUGGGAGGUUCACACAGUCAAACUACUACCUCAGCCGCGCCCUCUGUCCUGUGGCGAACUCACACACACACACACACACACACACACACACACACACACACACUACUACAGAGCAUCCAGGUCGUUUCCCACAGGUUGUGUUCACAUUACUCACUCAGGCACUUUAAUAGGACGGACACUCGAGCACACAACGGAUUCCGACACAUCUGCUCCCGAGUGCUUCGUCCUAUUGAACGCCCGGAGGCGCGUAACAUUCCUCCCGCUCGGCCGAACUGAAGCGUUCGCCUCGUCACAUCCUUCGCCAACAUUUGAAUCCGUUUUCUUCUCACACUCCCGAUUUUAUGCCAGUGUCAUGUUUUUUUAACUUUGUGUUUAGAGCUUUUGUUCGGCUCCUAAAGUCUGUGCUGCUGUUAUUGUACUGUUCAAUACAUUAGUUACCUCUUAAUAUAUAUAUAUAUAUAUAUUUUGGGCUUGUCAUUGAGGAACAUUUGUGCUAAAAUGUUCCAUUAGGUGGUUACAGUUCCGGAACGAAUAGUCUGUUCCAACAAAAAUUCACUUUACUUGAAUUCUGCCUGCAAUGAUGCAUUUGUUUCCCUGAAUAUGGGUCAGUUGAUUCUAACGUAGAGGGUCAUGGGGAUAUUGGAACCUCUGCUUCAUGCAAUGUAGCAUCAACAUGCUUUCAAGGAUGCAGUACCUGCAGGAAUACGUGAACAGGACCAAUUAAAUUAGGGUUACUUUUGUUUCUUCUGGCUGGAAACAAAAGCAGUGAGUGGUGAUGAUUCUUGUUUUUCCAUUACUGAGUACUGGGGCUUUUGCGAUGCGUACAGCCCACACUGUGGAAGAGAUUCUAUUAGUCUAUAUUCAUUAACCUCAUUCCAGCAUUAUGCAAUAUGAUGUGAAUAUAUUUUUCUUGUGAAAACGUUUGGGUUCGUUUUGCCACAGUCAGCGGUGAGAUGACAUUGUUAAUGUUUAAAAUCCCUGUGAGGUAAAUUUGACUUGUUUUUUAUGUUACUUCUCCAGAUGCAAACAUUUCCAGCAUUAAACGAGCAUAUUUGUCAGAAAUUAUGAGACGCAAUGAAGAAGCACUGGUUCUGUUUGAGUCACUCCUAGAGUCCACGCACCUGGUGGCAUUGUUGGAAUCAAACAGGUGUUUCUUUGGCUUGUUUGGCCUUUGGAGGUUUUUCUAGGAGUGCAUCAAACCUCUAUGCAACACACGCGUUAUUUAUUCCAACAAAUUCACUCUCCACUGAAACUAUGCAGACUACGCAACUUUGAUUUCAACAAACUUCAAUGUAAAGAGUUCAGCUUCUCAGGCAACUUAACUCAGUGAAAGGGCUCAGAGCCUUCAUCCAACACCUGCUCAAUAAGAACCAUUUAUGACUCUCAUAUGAUGCGGUAGGAACAGUUUUAGGCAAUUAUGUGACUUUUGUAGUGAGUUUGUCCUCAGAUGUGAUUUCUCUUCCUGGCUGAGCACAUGAAGCAACAGGGUCUCACUGCCAUCCUCUCCAUGACCUACUGUACCAAGGGCAGAUCAGACUUUUCCACCAAGGCUUCAGGUGUCGCUCAUUUCUCUUCUCUCACACUAUGAAUACUGGGUAUUCUCAGAUGUUGCUCGUUGAAAUGGCUGUGAUCUAAACACCGUGGUCUCACAAGCGAUCGCAAAGGAAGUACUAUGAACUCUGACGCGACUCUGAGCGGUACUUGUACGCUUUAGGUCAGCGCUGCAUGACGUCAAACUGCACUUGUCCUAGAAUGGUUUAAUAUGAUCUUGUGUUUUAAGCUUAGUUUAUGCCUGCCUGUUUUUUACAGUUUAUUCAGAACAAAAAUGUUUCGGCCUUUCUAUAUUAAUUCUAUCAGGAUUUUGUCUCAAUGUUCAUGUUUACAAAGCAACUCCUUGAACAAGGCCAAAUGAAUGAGCUACACUGCUAAUGGGACGUUCAUGCUAGCUGUGGUAUCACUGGUGGACGCCGUCCUCUGUUACUGGAUUAACAGAUGUACAGAUCACAAUGAAUCCUGGUAAAGAAUGUGGAAAUAAACGUUGAAUUUCAUAAG